GCUAGAGUUCCGCCGCCGCCGGGAGCGGAGCGGAGCGGAGCGGAGCUGAGGGGAAACCGGCCGGCAGUGGGACCGGGCCGCAGGUGGAUUUUGCCUUCCCCUCAUGCUGGCUUCCCUCCCUACCAUGGCUGCUGCUGAAGAGAUCCCCGCUGCCCUGCAGGAGUCUUGGGGGGACUUCUGGCUCUUCCGUUUCUUUAUUAAUGCUGCUGGCUACGCAAGUAUUGUGGUGCCGGGAUUCCUCCUCAUCCAGUACUUCAAGAGAAGGAAUUACCUGGAGACAGGCCGAGGCAUUUGCUUCCCUGUCAUCAAAUCAUGCGUGUUCGGCUCUGAGGUGAAGUCUCUACACCAGGAGGAUGGCUCCCUGCCACCCCGAACAGAGCCCACCGAGUCCUCUACAGCCCGACAGAUCUUCAAGCUGGUCUUCUGCGCCGCUGGUCUACAGGCCUCCUACCUCACAUGGGGUGUCCUCCAGGAGCGUGUAAUGACAAGAACGUAUGGUGCCACCGAAACAGACCCUGGUGAGAAGUUCAAGGACUCCCAGUUCCUAGUGUUCAUGAACCGCAUCCUUGCCUUCACGGUGGCUGGUCUGUACUGCGCCCUGACCAAGCAGCCACGCCAUGGGGCUCCUAUGUACAAAUACUCUUUUGCCUCCCUCUCCAACAUCCUCAGCAGCUGGUGCCAGUAUGAGGCACUCAAAUACGUCAGCUUCCCUACCCAAGUGCUGGCCAAGGCCUCCAAAGUGAUCCCAGUGAUGAUGAUGGGCAAACUGGUGUCGCGCAAGAGUUAUGAGUACUGGGAGUACUUGACUGCUGCCCUCAUCUCCGUGGGGGUCAGCAUGUUCCUGCUUUCCAGUGCUCCCAACAGGCAUAUGUCCACCGUCACCACUUUCUCAGGCAUAGUCCUUCUGGCUGGCUACAUAAUCUUCGACAGCUUCACCUCCAACUGGCAGGACGCCCUCUUCACCUACAAGAUGUCUCCUGUGCAGAUGAUGUUUGGUGUCAAUGUCUUCUCCUGCCUUUUCACGGUAGGCUCGCUCCUGGAGCAGGGUGCCUUGCUGGAGUCAGUACGCUUCAUGGCCCGCCACUCAGAGUUCAUGGCCCACGCUGUGCUGCUCUCGGUGUGCUCCGCCUGUGGCCAGCUCUUCAUCUUCUACACCAUCAACCAGUUUGGGGCAGCUGUCUUCACCAUCAUAAUGACACUCCGCCAGGCUUUUGCCAUCCUCCUCUCCUGCCUCAUCUAUGGGCACACUGUCACUGUCAUGGGCGGGCUGGGUGUAGCCGUUGUCUUCAUGGCCCUCUUCCUCCGUGUCUACGCCCGCAGCCGCAUGAAGAAGCGCAGUAAGAAGCUCCCGCCAGGGGACAGCCCUAUACAAAAGGUCUAAGGAACUAGGGCCAUGGCAUUUAAGCCAUGCCUGCUGUCCUGCCUCCACUCGGGAGUACUUGCUUGAUUUCUGAGAACCUGCUGAGGAGCAGGGUGGGGUAUGGAUAGGCUGGACCAAUGACUCACUUUUCCACCUGCUUUUCCUGGGGAAGGGGCUGGAACAAGCCCAGGGAAUGUUCUGGGCUGCUGCAGCUUCAAACCUUUCCAUUUGCCUUAAUGGGUCAAAGACUUUUAGCCAAGGCACGGGCCUGGGGGCUUGCAUCCUGGGGGAAAAACCAGUGUGGGGCUGCUGGUACUCCUGCCCCACCUCUGUCUUGUGGCUUCUCUCCAAAGUCACCGAUGAACAAGCGAGCCCUUUUCCCUGGCACCGUCAUGCCUCUGGCUAAUGCUCCUCCAUUUCUGUCACUACUACAGAGCUCAGCAGGAGGAAAGGUAAACAAAACACUAGCUUUCUUUUUGAAACACCUUCAUGUGAGGCAAGUCCCAAGAUGAGCCUGUCCCAAGACAGGGGAGGUCUCAGCCCCCCUCCCAGGAGCUGCUCCAAGUAGGACAGGCACAGCUAAGGGAAGGACUCCCAUCCUGUCCUACCCCAGGCCUGGGAUCUGCUCUGGGGGCAGCACUCUGCAGUGAAAGCCAGUACCUCCGAGUUUUAUUUUAUCAGUUCCUCGCCCCUGCUCCAAGACACUUUUCUUCACUCCCUUCAGCCCAGGCUGAUUUUUAUGCAGAGACUGAGGCUGGCCGGUACGGUUCCCAAGGCUUGCUGAGUUGUUUUAGGUUGCUUUUUGGUUACAUCCGCUGCUGUCACAGGCCAAAGGCUGCACUCGCCAGAAGCUCCGGCAUCACCUCGGGGUGUCUCAGUGCCACGGUUUCUGGGCUUUGUGGUUGCCAUUCAGAGAAGCACAAAUAGCCCCUCUCCUUCCUGCCAACUGGAGGCACCGGCCCCAGCUUUACUGGGGCUUGGCCAGAGCCCCACUGUGCCUGGAGGGCUGAGAGAUGGGGCAGAGCCUGCUUGCGGUGCCUUGUUCCUGCUCCACGGGCAGCAGGGGAUGGAGCGAGUGGGCACCUGCUCCCCAGGCAGCAGGGGGUGGAGCAGUGAAAGCUGCUCUUCCCCAGGAGCCUGGGUUUUACUGGGUAACACUUUUCUCCUCAACACAACCUGACUGACAAGCCAGCAGGUUUUGGUACUUUUGAAAGGCAACUUUUUUUUUUCCUCUUUGUUUUAUUAAAUUAAAAAUAUGCUGCAUAUAGUGCCCUGAGGGUAAAUAUUCUUUUUAACUUUUAUUUUUUUUCCCAUAUACCUGGAAGGAGGGGAGAGACUUCCCAACCCUUCCUGCGUCCCUAGUCUCUUUAGGACAGCAAAGCUAUCUUUUCUUUCCAAACACAGGUGCCUCUGCCUUUGCCCAGGCAGGUUAUCAGCCAGGGCUGGACCCAAAGCUCCAAGGCCUGACAGGGGGAGCACAGCCAGGUUUGGAUCACUGGUGGGCAGGUGGAGGAGCUGUUAGCCUGGUUCUGAUUUGGUUCCUGGGUUCUCUGCUUGGGCAGCCACGGUGUGUGUAGCUACAGCCUGCAUAGCUAGAGAGAGAUGGUGCAGAGGCUUGCUGAGCACCUGCCAGCCAGGGCCCUCAGUGAUGUAGCACAGCCCUGGAAGAACCCGUCCUUUAUGGGGUGCACCUGCACCAACACCAGCUUCACAGGCCACACACCAGAGCCAGUGAAGGCUUGGGGGAUGGAUUGUACAUCCCGCUGGUACCUAUUGGGAGGCCUGGUGAAAAACCUUGGCUGUAGGCCUAUGUAUUCUAGUCAUGGUGAGGUCUGGGGUCAGAGACAGGACCUUAGCCUAACAGAGCUAGAGAAAGGGGAGACACAGGUGAGGGCUACGAGAGAAACAGAGGAGAAGACUAGGGACAGGAGCUGCUUAUCACAGUGCUGAGUUAGCUGAGCCAGCAGGGAUAACAGAGCUGGUGCUGAGCGCAGCCCAGGCUUCAGAGCACUUGGCUCUCCAGCAGUUCUACCUGUGCUCCUUCUCGUACCUCCAAGCUCUUGAAAGUGCCUGUGCAGCCUCACAGCACUUCAUCCUGCCCCUACAAAUUCCCCCAAAUGUCUGCGUCUCCACCAUCUGCUGACUGAACAUGGAAUGGUUAUUUUUUCCUUUGGUCAAAAAAAAUAGGUUGUCUGCCAGGUUAGGAAUGGGAUACCUCUUCUAAUUUACAUGUAGAUCUAAAGAAAAAAAUUAUGAAAAAACAAACAUUCUAAGUUAA